AUGGUUAACGCAUACUCACCACAUCCGAACCACACAAUUAGCAGCUUUGCCUUCAAACCUUACCUAUGUGGCGGACCAUCAGUUUCAGCAAGUGAGAAAGAAAAUCAACCUGUCCUGGAGACAACUAGAUUAUUUCUUGGAAAAAAUAUACUUGCUGAAAUGUCGACUAAUGAUAAUAACAGUUAUGACUCAACUACCAUCAACAAAUACGAUAUACCGAUACACAUUGAUAAUAACAAUAAUAACUAUAAUGGGAUCGGAAAAUUUCCGGCAUUACAAUUAAUUAAUUCUGCUACAUUUUCAAACCAAAAUAAUCAGAUUUCUAAAUCUUUACCAUCAAUGCCAUAUGUUGACAAUGGUCAAAUUACUUUCAUAUCAACGACUUCUGGUAGUCGAUCCUCUUCAGCAUCUGAUAGUAAUGACACUGAUGCUUCAGUCUCAUAUUCAUCAAAAUCCUCUGUCCCACUCACAUAUCAAGAGUAUGAAGUAGAGCCAUUGAACUCAUUUGGUGAAAUUAAUGUUCUCAAAGGGAAAAACAAAGAAAUCAUAUUGGAUAUAAAUGACACAUUACAUCGGCCUUUUUCUUCAAAUGCACCAUCAUAUGACGUAUAUGAAGUACUUGCAGAAAUCAAGGCAAACACAUUACUUUCUUAUCCUCAAUAUCAAAACCGAAAUUUCAAGUCGACUCACUCUCAGCAACAGAAAACGAAUCAAUUUUUCUAUAAUAAAUCUGAAGACACUGAAACUCAUGUUAAUGAUUCGUAUGUAUCAAUUAAAAAAAAUACUUUGGAAUAUUCAACAAACAAAGCUUCGACCAUCGUAAUUGCCAAAUAUAUGUUUUGGAUAGGAUGGUUUAUAAUGCCGACAUGGUGGGUUGGGUCAUGUUACUUACCUCGACCUACUGCAGACGCUACACCAGAUGAUUACAAAUGGAGAAACCGAUGCCGUAAAGCAAGUACUUUUGGAUUUAUUGGUUUGAUUUUGGGUGGAUUAUUCUUUGUGAUUGUAAAAUCGAGAGAUUAUAAUACUUAA